UGCGCUUUGCUCGCAGAUCAUCUCGGAGGAGCUUUUCCUGCAUCAGUGUCUCACAGCUGAUACCACUUUGAAGUUUGUAUCACAGCUCAGCUGACACUUCAUCAAACUAUCCACGAUGUCUACCAUCGUUUUCUUUGACAUGGAGACCACUGAUUUAGACACUGAUUUGUGUCACCUCAUCCAGUUGUCAGCCGUUUGUGAAGAAGAGGAAUUUGACGUCUACACCCUCCCCCUCCGUCGCAUCAGUGAGAAAGCCGAGGAACUGACGGGCUUCACUGUCAGUUAUGGCCGUCUGUUUCGCCACGGUGAAUGUUUGUACACCGACACAGUUAACCGUGCUCUUCGUAAAUUCAUCCGUUUUCUGCAGUCCUGCAGCUCUGACGGGAGCCCCGUUCUGUUGGCGGCCCACAACGCAUGGGAUUUUGAUGCACCCAUACUCACCAGAUUGCUGCAAAGGUUCUCUCUGUUGGAGGACUUCCAGCUAGCAGUGUCUGGGAUUUUGGAUACCUUGGUACUAAGCAGAAUCUGCAAUCCCUUUAUGCGCUAUCAUCGUCUGACGUCUCUGGCCCGCUACUUCCUAAGAAGAAACUACGAUGCCCAUAAUGCCUUAGAGGAUGCCAGAGUGCUGCAGGAGCUGUUCGACCUUUGGGAUCCCGCUGAAUGGAUCGUCGAGAAAGCUACCAGUCCAACCUUGAAUUUUUAAAGAAGCUACUGAAAAAACAACAAUUUGGCCAUUAAAACAAAAUAUUUCAUUUGAGUUUGCUUAUCUUUUUCUUUGCAGUUUUGUCCUCAUCAUGUGCCCUCAGGUAGUUGGACAGUUCGAUAUUUUAAACAUUCAGGAAAAAAUAAAUGGAGAGGUAGAUUAAAUUUCUUGUGAUAGGACACAAGUAAUGCUUGAUACACCCUAAACUCAAGGGUAUAUGGUGCUGAUACUGAAAUUCGUAUAGACUUUUUCCUCAUAUAUUGCAACAUCUGUCACACACGCAAUGUUGUUCUCUUGGUUUUCCAUCAAUUUUUAGCAUAAUUUCCCCACAAUAACCAUUCAGUUUCCUUUGCUUGCCUUUUUGUCUGCUCUCAUUGUUCUCACCACCUGCUUUUACCAACAGCAGUUAACUCCUGUAUGACAGUAAAUCUUCAAAACUUUCUUUCAAGGGUUUGUCACAUUGUUUUUUGGGAAAUUGAGGAUCAUUAUCAAGAAUGAAAUGGGAGGUUAGUCAAGAGUUGGCUAUAUUUACAUUUUGUGCUGAUUUGCAUUAAAAACAACUUUCAAACA